GGAACGCAUAUAGCCAAUGUUCAUCACUAGUGGAGUAGGAGAGCAACCUCAAAGCAACAUCAAAGGUAAAAAAAGAUACAUAACCAUGUACUUUGAUCGGAUCCCCCCACAUUCCGAUCUUUGCAUAACGAAAGCCAUGUUUGAAAGCGACGAGUUCUGCGGUGCGUCUUCCCAGAGUGAGCAGAUGUCCGAGGCGCAGUCCCUCGGCUCUGUCCCAUCCAGUCAUCUCUCGGUCAACUCCGACUCCAGCUGCUCUAGUCCUGAGCCGAAACCAUUGGCAGAGCCACGGGUCAGAAGACCGCUGAACGCCUUUAUUAUCUGGACCAAGGAGGAACGCAGACGCCUUGCCAAACUCAACCCUGAACUAGAGAACAAGGAACUCAGCAAAAUGCUCGGUAAAACUUGGAAGGACAUGUCUCUGGCGGAGAAGCGGCCCUACAUGCAGGAAGCAGAGUGCCUGAGAGUACAGCACACCAUCGACCACCCCAAGUACAAGUACCGGCCCCGCAGGAAGAAGCAUCUGAAGAAGGGCCCCAAAACCCUACCUGUGGAGGCCCUGGUCCCUCUCAACUACCUAAUUCAGAACCAUUGCCAUCAGCAGCAAGCCUACCCAAACCCAGCCAUCUACCCAAACUCCCAGGCAUACUUCUCCCAUAUGCCCGGGACCUACCCAAACAGGUCCAAUUACCCAGACCCAUCAGCCACAUUCCCUAACAAGCUUCUAGAAUACUCUAACACAGGGACAUACCCAGCAGAGCCUCACCCAUACUACUCUACCCAGCAUGGGCUGCAGCAGUGUGAGGUCCCCAGCCCAGCCUAUGCUGUGUCUCGUUGGGAGCAGGGGGACUUCAUGACCCAGGGCCUCCAGGUGUUCUCCUCCACUGACCUCUCUCUGGAGUUCUAUCUGGAGCAGAUUCACCUAGAUAUGCUGUAUGAUCUGGACCGCAGUGAGUUUGAACAGUACCUGAGCCCGCCCCCAUGCAGGCCUGAGCCAAUGGAGUCCAGUUAUCACCAGCAAGGCAGCCUACUAUGUCAUUUGCCAUAUAUGGAAAAGAUUUGA